AUGGCGAAAUACGAAGCAUGUAUUAUGGGCAUCCGUGCAACUGCAGAACGCAAAAUCAAAGUACUAGAGGUAUAUGGGGAUUUUGCAUUAGUGAUAUAUCAACUUAAAGGUGAAUGGGAGACGAAAGAUCCCAAAUUGAUAAGUUAUCGAAAGCUGGUUCUCGAACUAAUUAAGGAGUUUGAUGAUAUCACUUUUUGCUACCUUCCGCGAGAUGAAAACCAGAUGGCUGAUACAUUGGCUACUUUAGCUUCCAUGAUCAAAGUAAACAAACAAGAGGACAUAAAACUUAUCCAAAUGAGCAUCUAUGAGACUCCGGCUCAUUGCUAUAGAAUCGAAGAAGAGGAAAAUGAUGAUUGCCCUUGGUACCAAGAUAUACUGCGAAAUGUGAAAAAUCGCGAAUACCCUAACCAAGCAACCGAGAAUGAUAAGAGGACAUUGAGAAGACUAGCCAAUGACUAUGUCUUAGAUGGAGAGAUCCUAUACAAAAGAGGAAAGGACCAAGUACUAUUAAGAUGUGUGGACGCUAUCGAGGCAAAGAAAAUCUUGGAAGAAGUCCACAAGGGCGUUUACGGGACACACGCUAAUAGUUUUAUGAUGGCCAGGCAAAUCAUGAGGUUUAGAUAUUAUUAG